UGAACCGAGGAGCAGUUAAGAUUUACAACAGCAUAAAAAUGGAAAACCUUUCUGGGGAUCAACCUAGUUUGUGCUGCCCCAGUCACCGAUUUGGUUCCAACUUGAGUUAGUCCGGCGAAAAAAUGUCAGCGCAAUUUCAACAGAAAGUUUUGGAGGAACACAACCGGCUUCGGGCGCUUCACUCGGCCCCACCACUACGACUGAAUCCGGAAAUCAGCCGUUAUGCUCAGGAAUGGGCACAGAACAUAGCGCGCCGCAAUACGCUGCAACAUCGAUCGAACAACAAGUAUGGCGAAAAUCUGUACGCCAUGUUCGGGAAGACGGACAUCAGUGGAGCAGAAGCGGUGCAGAGCUGGUACCAGGAGAAGAAGGAUUACACCUUUGGACAGGCUAAUCCGGGCGGAAAUUUUAGCCGGGUAGGACAUUUCACCCAGGUGGUUUGGAAGGCUUCCACUGAACUAGGUGUCGGGAUGGCCGUUAAUGGGAAGAACGUGUACGUGGUUUGCAACUACAAUCCGCCGGGUAACUUUGGGAAUCAAUACGCUCAGAAUGUGACGCCUAGCUAAGCUGUUCAGGUUACUUAAGGUGAAAUAUGGUAAAAUAGUAUCAUCAAGUGAAUAGUGGAAAUAUUUUGGCUUAUAAAAAUGUGUGAUGAAGUUGUACAAAAUUUUUUGUAGGUUUUACCAUAUAUAUACCCCAAAAUAUCAGUUAUUAAAGAAAAAUUAUAUCAA